AUGACAGAACCAGCUCCGCCAUACAGUAAAUUUAAUAUUCUUUACGAACUCUACUACGGAUUCAGACCAAAUAAACCUACAUUCUUACCACAAGACUAUCCAGACUUAACAGAUAAGACUGCCAUCGUGACAGGUUCCAAUACAGGUAUCGGGCUACAGGUAAUGAAACUCUUAUAUUCCAAGAAUUGUAACGUUUUAUCAGUGGUGAGAACAAAAUCCAAAGGUGACGCCGCACGUGAUGAAACCAUUGCUGAAUUCCCCACUUCUAAGGGAUCCAUCACUGUUAUUGGUGGAUGUGAUUAUUUAGAUUUGACCACUGUGAAACCAGCUGGAUCUAAGAUUAAGGAUAUUAUUGGUGAUAAGCCAUUGAAUUUAAUCAUUCAUAAUGCGGGGUUGAUGGCUUCAGUCAAUACAGCUACUUCGAAACAAGGGUAUGAAGCUAUGUUUCAAGUCAAUGUGAUGGGAUCACAAUUGUUACAACAUUUCUUAGAUCCUAUUUUUUUGAAAAAGGAUGAUGAUUUGAAAAGGAUAGUUUGGGUUAGUUCUGGGGCUCAUUUGUUAGGGUUUAAAGAAUAUGGGAUUAAUUGGGAAGAUCCAGUUUUUGAGAAUUGUAGUGUGAAAGAAAGACCAUCAGCUUCUACUUUAUAUGGACAAUCUAAAGCCGCAAACAUUAUGCAAGCUAAAGCUUGGGCAAGUAAGAAUAAAGAGAAAGUUGAGGAGGUAGGAUGUGUUUCUGUUUCUUGUUAUCCAGGGAAUCUAAGAACUGAUUUACAAAGAGAUUGGAAUGGUUGGUUAAGAAGCGUUGUUGGGAGAAGUUUAUUCUGGGACAGUAUCUACGGUGCGUACUCCGAAUUGUAUGCUGCGAUGUCCCCAAAAUUGACUACUAAGGAUCAAGGUGCGUAUGUGGUUCCAUUCGGGGGACUUCGUGACCCAAGAGAAGAUGUAAAGGUCGGGUUGACUAAUGGUUCAGAUUUGAAACUUUGGGAUUGGGUCAAUGACAAGAUUAAAGAAUUUUUUUGA